CUCACAGCAAGAGGGUUGCCGGUUCGAUCCCAGGCGUGGGAGCCCUUCUGUGUGGAGUUUGCAUGUUCUCCCCGUGUCAGCGUGGGUUCUCUCCGGGCACUCUGGCUUCCUCCCACAGUCCAAAGACAUGCAGAUUGGGGACUAGGUUAAUUGGUGCCUCUAAAUUGUCCGUAGGUGUGAAUGUGAGCGUGAAUGGUUGUUUGUCUCUAUGUGUCAGCCCUGCGAUAGUCUGGCGACCUGUCCAGGGUGUACCCUGCCUCUCGCCCGAUGUCAGCUGGGAUAGGCUCCAGCCCCCCCGCGACCCUCAAGAGGAUGAAGCGGUUAGAAGAUGAAUGAAUGAAUAUUGGAUGUGUACUUGAGUUUUUAGUUUGGACCAUGUCCCAUGCACUACCAGAGGAUGGGCAGGGCUUAUUACUGAUACUGCAGCCAGCCACCAGGGGGCAAUCAAGAUGUCUCACUUUUAGGGAGCUUUGAUUGGUCUGUUUGAUAAAGAUGAAGCUACAGCUAGCAGCCUAGUCUCGCUCACCAGACCUUUCUCAAGAAAAGAAAGGUCUUGCUGCGCCGACUCUCACUUUAAGAUUGGAGGAAAAAACGCCCCGGCUGCUUGUAUUUCUUUCAACCAAUCACAACCGUUCUGGGCGGUGCCACAGCAAUGGGGCGCUUGCAAAAAUAUUGCCGGGGGAAAACAGGUUUUGGUGUAACACGCCCACAAAAAUAUCGCCUACAGGACGCGAACCAUGGCAGAAAAAUGGCUACAUCCCCGCAAGAUCAAACACCGCAAAAGUUAGUAAAGGACGUGUUGAAAACGGUUGAAAACUGCUACACAACCAGAGGUAGUAGGGCGGGACUUCAGCGGGUGGCUCGUUCCGCCCAAUGAGAGGCUGAUAUAUGCAGCGAACUUCCGCCCACUCAGACUACUAGCAGCCAGUUUUUAUGCUAAGUGAAGCAAACCACCCGCUGACAGCAUGGAUAUAAAGAGAACUGGAUACGAAGUUGGAGGCGAGACCCCCCUUCAUGAAAGUUGCUCUGUGAUGCUUGAAGCCAAAAACAUUCAACUGACCCUUAUAAAAUAACACAAAAGAUUCUGCAUUGUUGGGCUCACAGACUGGAAAAAUAAUGGACGUAGCUACCGUGACAUCACCCACUGGUUUGUGGACUGCCUUUCUGAAGCCUCGCGUUUGGCAUUUUGACCGCCGUCAUCUUGGUUUUUGGAGCCAGAAGUGACCAUAUUUGGGCAAGAGGCUGGCGCUGUGGAGGAGCAAGGGGUGGAUCUGACUGAGACUGAGGACACUAUUGUUAGACAGCCUGUCACUCUAGCUGCCUCGCCCUUAAAUAUGGGCCUUACUAACAUUAAACAGGUUUUCUCCUUGUUGAUUGUAGCCAUCGGGGUGUACGCUAAAGUCCAGAAGGCUACAGACACGGUGCGGGACACGUUCCUGAUCGACCCGGCUGUCAUCCUAAUUGUGGUGGGGGUGGUCAUGUUCUUCAUCACUUUCUGUGGCUGCAUCGGAGCCCUUCGAGAGAACAUUCGCCUCCUCAAGACAUUCUCCUUCAGCCUGACAUUGGUCUUCCUCACCCAGCUGGCCAUAGCAAUCCUGGGCUUCUUCUACUCCGAUCAGACUCGGGACGCUUUGGGAAAGUUUGUGAAGAAAGCCAUCGUGCACUACAGGGAUGACCUGGAUCUGCAGAACCUGAUGGAUUACAUCCAGAAAGAGUUCAAAUGUUGUGGGUGGAACAACUACACAGACUGGUCCUGGAACCUGUACUUUAAUUGCACACAUGAGAACCCCAGCUCCGAGCGCUGUGCCGUGCCUUACUCCUGCUGCACUCCUGUUCCUGGAGAGACAGUGAUCAACACUAUGUGCGGUUUUGGGGUUCAAACCCAGAACUACCUAGAGGCAAACAAGUCGAUCUACCCGGUAGGCUGUGCGGACAAAGCAGUGAUGUGGAUCGAGUCUCAUCUGUUGCUGGUGGGCGCUCUCGCACUGGGUCUGGCCUUGCCGCAGAUUGCAGGCAUCGUGCUGUCCCAGAUCCUGAUCUCUCAGAUCCAAGAUGAGAUUACCUCAGUGUUGUGAGAGCGGGCCAACGCAGGAGGAGAGGAGGAAAGAAAAGAACUUACAGUGCUCCAUUUGGCUCGUCUGACAUGUGCAAGGACAUCUUUUUUUUUACCGCAACUGUAUCACUGCGACAUUUGAGUACAUAUUCUUCCUGUGCUGCUGCUAACAGGCAUCAAACUGUGGUACACACGGAGUCAUCACAUGCAAAAUGCAAAGUGUAUAUUUAUUGGUUUUGAACAUGGUUUUUGUAUUGAUUAUUGACAUGAGGAUUUUAUUUCUGAAAAGUAUUUAUAUUUAAAUGUGAAGU